AUGGCCGGAAAAUUCGAACCCAAAGAGCCUGUGCAGCUCAACCCCCCAAAAGAUGACCCCAUUACCUUGGAGGAGCUGGCCAAGUGCAACGGUGUCGAUAGCGACAAGAUCUAUGUCGCCAUCAAGGGCAAAGUCUACGAUGUAACUGGUAAUUCCUCGUAUCUGCCUGGCAAGGCCUACCACGUCUUCACCGGCAAGGACGCCUCUCGCGCCCUUGGCAUGACCUCAACAAAACCCGAAGAUGUUGUUGCUGACUGGUCAACACUGAGCGAAAAAGAAAAGGGCGUUCUCGAUGACUGGAUCACCUUCUUCUCCAAGCGCUACAACAUUGUCGGCGUCGUCGCCGGUGCUACGAAUAUGGACUAG